UUGCUGGAGGACAGACGGCGGCGGCAGCGUUGGAUCGGCUCGUUGUUGCGGUCGGACCGGGAGUUUUUGGUUUCCCUCAGCGCGCUCUGUUCUCGUGCGCUCCCGGACGCGGAGGAUUUGGGGAGCACUAUCAUGGGGUCAUCAUCACCAUCACCACCAUCACCAUCAUCUUCAGCAACAUCAGCACCACCACCACCACCACCACACUUUACUUUCUUCUCAUCAGCAGCGCCGGAUCACGAGGAGAGCGCGCUAAAAUAAAACUCUGUGGCUUUGGCGUCGAUUUCCAUUCCGGGAAACUUUUAUUAUUAUUUUUCAUCAAUUAUUUAUCACAAAGCGUGCGGAAUGGAGAUCCCAACUUUUCUGCUGCCGAGUCUCGCUCUGCUCUUCGUUGGAGGGGAUAUUUUCACCUGGAAUACACCAUGACCGUGUUCCUGCGGCAGAGCUGGCACGAUGACCGCCUGUCCUACAAUCACACCAACAAGACGUUGGGGUUAGACAGUCGAUUCGUGGACAAGCUGUGGCUGCCCGACACCUUCAUCGUCAACGCCAAAUCUGCUUGGUUCCACGAUGUCACCGUGGAGAACAAGCUGAUCCGCCUGCAGCCAAACGGAGUCAUUCUAUACAGCAGCCGAAUCACUUCGACGGUGGCGUGUGAUAUGGACCUGACCAAAUAUCCCAUGGAUGAACAGGAGUGUAUGUUGGACCUGGAAAGCUAUGGCUACUCCUCAGAAGACAUUGUGUACCACUGGUCAGAGAGUCAGAGACACAUCCACGGCCUGGACAAGCUUGAGCUCUCCCAGUUCACCAUCACAGACUAUCGGUUUGUCACUGAGAUGAUGAACUUCAAAUCCGCGGGACGAUUUCCAAGGCUCAGCCUUCGCUUCGAACUGAGACGUAAUAGAGGCGUCUAUAUCAUCCAGUCAUAUAUGCCUUCAAUAUUGCUGGUUGCCAUGUCCUGGGUGUCCUUUUGGAUCAGCCAAUCAGCAGUCCCUGCACGUGUAUCCCUAGGGAUCACGACUGUUCUCACCAUGACCACGCUGAUGGUAAGCGCCCGCUCCUCCUUGCCUCGAGCGUCAGCCAUCAAGGCGUUGGAUGUCUACUUCUGGAUCUGUUAUGUGUUCGUGUUCGCAGCACUCAUUGAGUAUGCCUUUGCUCACUACAACGCUGACUACCGGCUCAAAGAGAAGGCCAAGGUGAAGGCCAACAAGCUCAGCUCUGAGUCUAUUGUGAAGAACGGCAAACAGGCAAUGGUUCUGUUUUCCCUAUCGGUCACCGGCAUGAACCAGGGGGUGAUGAUUUCCAACCGCCAUGGGCGGCCCCAGCGCUCCAGCAGCGAAAUCCCUGGGGAAGGCGGCAGCGAGGAGGCCGAGCCGAGGAGAAGAAGAUCCAGGCAGGCGGAGGAGAGCACGGAGGAGAAGAAGUGCUGUUCCAAGUGCGUCUGCAAGCCCAUUGAUGCCGACACCAUCGACAUCUACGCCAGGGCCGUGUUCCCUUUCACUUUCGCUGUGGUGAAUGUGAUCUACUGGGUGGCGUAUACCAUGUGAAAAGGAGGCAGCAGGUCUGUGCGAAUGGCUGCCAUCCAGGGCUGUAUAUAAGAAACUGCUGGAGUUGUGCCACUUCAAUGCUGGCAGACUGGUGCAGCUGAAAUAUACUGCAGGCCUCAGUUUAAAAAAAGAAAAAAAAAGAAAAAAAAAAAGACCUUCAGAAGAAAUGAAGUGUUACGGCCUGUGAAUAUGGAAAUAUGGUAAUUAAUGGAUAUAGUUAUGAGUUUACAAAGUGUUAACAGGACUUUAUAUAUUUAAAUAUAAAUACAGAGACGUGCUGUAGAAAGGCAAAGGACUGUGUUGCCUGGUGAAGGUUCACAUACACAGUGAAUGCAGUUAGCCAACAACCCAGAUUUCCAUGUCAUCCUGUUAUAUGAACUCAACACAGGAAAUGACAACAACAUAUCCUGCUCGAACACCCGCAGCACUGACCACAAGCUCACAUCUCUCCAACACAAACAAGCAUAGUUAGCUUCACUAACUCAAAGCAACAAUCUGGAGUGAACCGCCUGUUAUCUCGAAGAGCAAAAAGCGCCGCCCAAACUAGAGGAUAACACGACGAGGUGUACUACUAUUCUGCAUGGCUGAUAACUCACUCACCCUCUUCCCGCGUCAUCGCCACCCCCUCUCUUCCUCUCUCUCCUUUGGUCCUCCACCCAUUUUUUUUCAAUUCAUUUUUCGUUCAGGACACCGUCUGGGGUGUCUUAUCUCCUUCUGCCAGUUCUGCCUGUUUCCUCACCA